AUGGAGGAGAUUGAUAUGAUGACAGAGAGGAAAUCCAACAAUCAAUUAAUGAGUAAGACUGACCAAAAGCCCAAAGAUAAGAAGCAGAGGUCAGAUCACUCCAUACAUACGCACCCUCAGAGGCCCCUUAAAGACAACAGUCUGAAGGAGUGCCAUGGGAGACCAGUGCAGCCCAAGGCUCCCCUGCACAAACAGGAAGAAGCUAUGGUAAAAUGCAAGAAUUGUGGAGCCUUCGGUCACACUGCAAGGAGUAAGAGGUGUCCCAUAAAGAACUGGGCUCAUGCUUUUCCAGUCAAGCCCUUGGGCUCAAAUCAAGUGCAGGAGAGUCUGAAACCAAGAAAACCCCAGCAGUUCCAGACUUCAGGGCUUGUCAGCAAAACUGACAGGGUGAAGGAGGACAGACGAAGUAUAUCUCCCCAUGAGUUCACAAGACCUUAUGUCUUUACUGUAUGCAGCUGGGGCCAGGGGUACCCAAGAUCUCAGGUGCAAGGAGAUUUAAGGACUAUGGCUGCUUCUGAGAAGGUACAGGAUAAGACAAGCAAAAUUCAUGGGGGUUUUGCUGCUUCCCUCACCAUAAAACAAGAGCUGGGAAGCAUCUUCAUUAUUGCUGUCCAUACCACUGAUGUGGAGGUCCCUACUUUGCUUCACUUCUUUAUUCUUUAUGAGGACUAUAUUAAAACACAGAAACAUACCAGGCCAGCUCCUGUCCAUACAACCAAGAAGAGCACUUCGGUGGGUCCUGCUUCCGCAGGUCAACCACCUGUCCAGACAUCUCAGACAUCUGAUAGGAGAUCAUUCUGCCCCACAUCCUCUUACAACAAAAAACUUGAAAAGAGCACAUGUGGAUCAGUCAAAGGACAUGGCAUAGACUUCCCUGACUCCCUGCAGCCUGCUUUCAAGAGUGGCCAGGACACUGCACUCCACUCCAAGAUGAAGAUCGAUGGAUCUGGUGUUUCCUUCCACAAUAUCCCUCAGCUUUCCCAGAAGACAGCUUCCCCGGGUUUUGUUUUCAACUCCCAGGCCCAUAUCAAAUGUCCCAAUGUGGAUUCAAAGCCCAACACACAGCCAGUCAGGCAAAAGUGUGGCCAGGAUGCCAAAGACAGAAUCCCGUCAGCAGGCAAGCCUGUCCAGGUCUCCACCCCUACUUGUCAAAGCCUCCGAAAGAAACCAUGUCUCAACUCCUUCCUGACACCCCAGCUGGACACUGAUGUGGGGGUUCUUCAGAUUUACCAGCCACCUACCAGCACAUGUGGAAUUGGCACUCAGCAGACACCUCAGGAGACAACAAACUCACGAGCCUCAAAGCCUCACGCUCCCCUGCAGCUUCCGCCUUGCUCUCCUCCUCUGCAGGUCUCAGCUGUCUCUCAGCCUCAACUCUUCAUGUGUGCUCCAAGGGCACCUGGAAGAACUGGCUCUAUGGGACAGGACAAGGCUCACAAGUAUACACCUGCUGGUCAAAGCCCUCACGUCCUAAUGGACUCUGAGAGACUGGGCCCCCAUGUUCAAAGGAGUGUACUCUAUGAAGACCUUAUGGUUUCUUCGUCUGAGGACAGUGAUGGGGAAUGA